CCCCUAUUUUAUUUUAAAAAAAUAUAUAAAUAGACAUUACUCAUCGAGAUGCCAUGGCGACCUGGCCCUUUAAGUAAUUUAAGACUUAUUUAGUUGACAAAUAAAAAUAUUUAAAAUAUGAAGUCUGAUAACACUUCUUACGGUCUUUUUAGUGCAGUUCUUGUGUUCUAAAGAGGUAUUUACUAUGGUAAUAAUAUGGACAAGCAUGUAGGUGGUUUGAUUUUUGAUUGCGAACUAUUUACGUAAUUACAUAGAAAUCAGGACCUUAGUGUUGAUCCACGCUUAAGAUUCUUUGAUUCUUAAGAUUGCUUUGGAGCCUUGUAAUGUUGACUGAAUUGCGGCGAUAUCUACAUUUUGUUCUACUCUAUAAACAAAAGGCUAUUUAAGCAAUAUAACGUAAAAUGUAAUCAAUGUAAAAAACGAUGUUGUUGUAUAGAUUGCAGAGUUCAAUGGAUCGAACGUUCGUUUUUCUCAUUGUAUGGUGUUUGAUAUGGAGUGCCGCUUAUGCUGCAUUUUCUAAAAUCUUUGAUAUACAAGAUAAGAAAGUAAUACAACAUGAUAACGGUGUGGAGUUUGAAGCCAUAUCCAGAGGUACCUUGCUGCAAAUCCUGUCAUCCUUCGACGAGAACGUCAGAUCGAGGAUGGAAGGAAAGCAACCAAUCUUCAGGGCAGAGUUCGCGAACAACAAACAUACAUAUCCAUUUAUAUACCCGCGUAUAGUAAAAAAAGUUUAAUUUUGAUUUUAAAUCCAUUUCACUGAUAUUAUUUUGAUUUUACGGAUAUUUUUGUUUAAUGCCAUGGUUCCAGAAAAAAAAUUGGAAAAUUGUCGCAAGGAAAGUAGAAGAAUUUGGAGGAGACCUUCACUCCGUCGGAGGUCGAGUACUAGGAAAAACAUAUCUGACAUGAACUUAGUGUAACUAUGUGUACUGGAAUAAAGGCUAUUUUAUUUUAUAUAUAUGUAUGUGCUUUCCAGUGGUUAUAUGGAGAAAACUCAGCUCAAAGAAUUGCGUAUUAUAAUUUACAAAAAACAAUGUAAAUUUACAAAUCAGUACUAACAUGGAAACAACAUUACAACGUACUGCAAACAAUACUUCCAUUACUUAUAUCUUCUUAGUUAAUCUUUAGACCACGCUUUAUCGGUUGCAGUUUUUAAAUUGCUAUAUUGCUAUGUAGAGAGUGAAAACACUGGUCCAAAUCUACUGGAAGUCUUGUUUUAAUGCUUCGGGUACCAAUCGUUCCCAAGCAAACUGAGCCGAAACAGUAUGUUUUGUAAUUACUGCGAUAAACUGCUAUAAUUUAUAUUCACCAUAGACUAUCGUAUUGUAGAAAGAAAUCCAAGAUGGCCGAUAAAUGAUGAAAUCUUGAAGAUUGGAAAAUACCGUAAAAAUCUGUUUUAACGAAACAAUAGCAGUAAUCAAAAUAAUUAAUUAUAUAGUGUUAUAUAAGUAUAUGUUAUGCUUUUGCUUACCAAAUAUCUGUAUCCAAACGUACGAGGCCAAAACGAACAUAGAGAAAAUCUUUUUAACAUCAAAAUAGGAACAGAUUACGACUGAGUGAUUCUACUCUUUGGAAAACAAUUUUGAUAAAUUGAUGCUGUCAAUUGCACAAACAUUACAUAUGAAUUAUAAUUUGUACUAACUAUCGUAUAUUUAUAUAAAAUGAUAUAAUUUUAAGGAUAUAAUAACUAUGGCAUAAUGUCUUUCCAACCAUGUACCUACCCCGAUCCUGGGUUCUUUACGAAGACUUCCUUAAUCCAAUUCGGCUAUGGAGUGUGGGUGAACUUAUCUGUUGUUAUGAUUGGUCUGGCAUUCAGUUUCCCAGCGGUGGCAAUACCACAGCUAAAGACGCUAGAGUCCAAUAUUAUGAUAAGCAUCAAUGACGAGUCCUGGAUUGCAAGUGUUCUUACACUGGUGUCUCCCAUCGGGUGUGUCAUGUGUGGCUAUUUUAUGGAUAGAAUAGGCCGCCGGCCAUUGUUGAUUUUCAGCCCUCUACCACUCAGUAUAGGCUGGUUUUAUAUGGGCUUUGCAAAACAGGCCAAGGAUAUUAUUAUAGGUAGGAUAAUCACUGGUAUAGGCGUCGGUAUGGUGAUGAGUGUACCCCGAGUUUAUCUGACUGAAAUAUCUUUGCCCAAUAUGCGUGGCGUUAUUGGUUCCUUUCCGAAUGUUGCCAUGUCCAUUGGGAUCACCACUCAGGCUGGCUUAGGUGCUGUAUUUCAUUGGAAAACCUUAUGCCACAUCUCAGGCUCUUACGGAUUACUUAUAUUUUUCCUGAACUUCUUUCUUCCCGAAACGCCAUACUUUUUACUUGAAAAGGCAACGAUGGAUGACGCAGAGAAAGCGUUGAGAAGGUUUCGAUCCAACAAACAUAAUAUUGAAGGAGAAAUGGAAGAAUUAAUGGAUUUUAAAAUAGAUAAUAAUAUAAAAAAUUAUUUCAGGCUAACUUUGGGCGAGCAGAUUGCAGCGUUAUUCCGCAAAUCGUCCUGCAAACCAUUCUGGAUUGUGAUGAUAUAUAUCCUUAUUACUCAACUGUCAGGUGUUACGAUUUUAAUCAUGUGGGCGGUUGAGUUGUUACAGAACUCAAAAUCGUCCAUUGAUCCCCAUGUGGGAAACGUAAUGCUGGGUGUGACCAGGAUUUUCUCUGGAAUCGCUGCGUCUGCACUUAUCUUCAGAACGGGAAGAAGACCACUCGCACUUAUAUCAGGUUUAGGUGUGGGCAUUGUUUGCCUCUCCCUAGGCCUUACAAUUCAAUACAAGAAACACCCAACAGUAUUCCCACAAAUCGGGUAUAUUUUAUACAUUGUCUUUGGGUCUUUGGGACAUUACACGCUACCAGUUCUCGUCAUGUUUGAACUCUACCCAUUACAGGUGCGAGGCGUUCUCGGCGGAAUAUCUAUGUCGAUCCUGAACUUCAUGAUAUUUGGCGCAAACAAGACGUAUCCUUACGUACGGGAUGCGCUGGGCUAUUCGUACACCAUUAUUACUUUUGGAGUUUGUUCAUUAUUGGGUUGCAUAUAUCUUUAUUUCUACCUGCCUGAGACAAAAGGACUGACCUUACAAGAGAUCGAAGAAUACUACAACGAUCGCCGUCCGACUCUAACCUCACAACGUCUCAUUCGUUCUGAGAUGUACAUAAGAGGAGUUGGUAUCGGUAGUCCGAGCAAGUCUUUAGUACGACUGGACAGGUUUAAGGAUAAAUCACUACAUAUGAAGAAGGGAAUUGUUUCCAAAAAAGAGAGUAAAGAGGAUGAAACAAGAGAUGACAAUACUGAUAAAAGUAAAUAACGAGGUAUUAUUAAAUGUGUAAAUAUGCUCACCACGUAAUCCCCAGUUGAUUGACUUCGCACCGAGUACCAAGUUCCAAGCACCAGCGCCGGAACACUAUAAUCUCAAUAGAAAUACGUCUCAAUAUCCAUAGCGCUGAUGUGGCAUUCGCAAGGUACGAAAACUCAGCAUUGAAGUCAGAAUUUGGUAUCUCUGUUGAAAGUUACAGAGUAGGUGCUGGGCGAAUGAGAGCCAGCAAUAAUUGAAAUUUAUUUUUUGCUGUUGCUGUUUCAUAUUGUAACUAAAGGUUAACUAAAGGAUUUAAGGUCCCGGAUUAUUAAAAUCGAUUCAUAUUUGUUCCCGGAGGAAAUAUUGUUUAGGGCACAGACGAAGCUAGUAGAUCUAUAAAACAAGAGGCAAUAGUGUGUCUGCCCCUUGCUUCAUGGUUUUAUUUAUUUAUAUCUGUGUAAUACAAUGUAUUAAAUAAUUUUUCGCUUUCUAUGAAACUGUGCUAACGCUGUGAUGAAGCGAGAGAACACUUGAAAUAUUCUGAAAUCUGA